UUUGCAGGAGAGACUGAAAAUACAGCUUCUUCCUGAAUCCACUGGCAGAGUUACUAAAGAGAGCUCAAGACACAACACUGCAGAGUAACGCCUUGGAAUGUCCUCGUACUUUAUAAACAAAUGUCCUAGGGAGGGAAUAUUUUUACAUGACAUUUGCACAGCUUGACACAUGGCUAGCUGAGGCUGUGUGUUUCUCUGAUGAACACUGAAUUUCCCAUAGAGAUACCCCACAAACUGACCAAAGACAGAAAUCUAACUGCACUGGGAAAGUAGAAGUGGAACUUGGAGCCCUAAAAAAACCACCCAGCAAAUCAACAAACAGCAGCAGUUAAGUGAAGAGCACAAGAAUUUGAUUUUGGGCAGGAUGACAUCUACCCAGGACCUUUUAAUCCUGGCACUGUAUGGCUUGUUACUAGAGCUACCGACUGGAUGUCAUACCACAGAUACGAGGCAGCCAAGGUUACGUCUGUCACAUAAAGAGCUCUGGGAUUUAAACAGGACGUCAGUCUUUCAUAGCCCAUUUGGAUAUCUCGGUCUUCAUAUAAUGCUGCUGGAUGAGUAUCAAGAGCGACUGUUCGUGGGAGGAAGAGAUCUCUUGUAUUCCCUCAGUUUGGAUCGAGUCAGCGACAACUACCGAGAGAUCCAUUGGCCUAGUACACCUCUUCAGGCAGAAGAAUGCAUAAUUAAAGGAAGAGAUGCUGAUGAAUGUGCAAAUUACAUCCGUGUCCUGCACCGAUACAACAGAACACAUCUUCUGGCCUGUGGAACAGGAGCUUUUGAUCCACUCUGUACUUUUAUUAGAGCUGGACAUCUGUCAGAGGAUCAUCUGUUUCAACUGGAAUCACACAAAUUUGAGAGAGGACGAGGCAGGUGCCCUUUUGACCCCAGUUCUUCCUUCACCUCCAUCUUAAUUGGUGGUGAACUUUUUACUGGUCUCUACAGUGAUUACUGGGGAAGAGAUGCUGCUCUAUUCCGCACCAUGAAUCGCAUGGCUCACCUGAGAACUGAACCCGACAGUGAGCGCCUGUUGAAAGAACCAAAAUUCGUUGGCUCCUACAUGAUUCCUGACAAUGAAGACCACGAUGACAACAAAGUAUAUUUCUUCUUUACUGAAAAAGCAUUAGAGGCUGACACAAGCACUCAUGCCAUUUACACCAGAGUGGGACGUGUCUGUGCGAAUGAUAUGGGAGGUCAGCGAAUGCUUGUGAAUAAAUGGAGUACGUUCCUCAAAACCAGGCUAGUUUGCUCUGUGCCCGGGCGAAAUGGAAUCGAUACACAUUUUGAUGAAUUAGAGGAUGUGUUUUUGCUGCAAACUCGGGAUAACAAAAAUCCAGUGAUAUUUGGUCUCUUCAACACUACAAGCAAUAUAUUUAGAGGAUAUGCUAUAUGUGUUUACCACAUGGCAAGUGUUCGAGCAGCUUUCAAUGGACCAUAUGCUCAUAAAGAGGGACCUGAAUACCACUGGGCUCUAUACGAAGGAAAAGUACCUUAUCCUAGACCUGGUUCAUGUGCCAGCAAGGUGAAUGGUGGUCUGUACACUACCACUAAAGACUAUCCUGAUGAAGCUGUCCAUUUUGCCAGGAGCCAUCCACUGAUGUAUCAGCCCAUCAAGCCUGUUCAUAAGAGACCGAUACUAGUUAAAACAGAUGGAAAGUACAACCUUAAACAAAUAGCAGUGGACAGAGUGGAAGCUGAAGAUGGGCAAUAUGAUGUCUUGUUCAUUGGCACAGAUAAUGGAAUUGUGCUGAAAGUCAUUACAAUUUACAACCAAGAGACAGAAUCAAUGGAAGAAGUGAUUCUUGAAGAGCUGCAAGUAUUCAAGGUGCCAGUUCCUAUCAUUUCUAUGGAAAUCUCUUCAAAAAGACAACAGCUCUAUGUUGGAUCUGAGUCAGUCAUAGCACAAGUGAAGUUCCACCAGUGUGACAUGUACGGCACCGCCUGUGCGGACUGCUGCCUCGCUCGAGAUCCGUACUGUGCUUGGGAUGGCAUCUCCUGCUCCCGAUACUAUCCCACAGGAAUACAGGCAAAGAGACGUUUCCGAAGACAGGAUGUUCGACAUGGGAAUGCAGCACAGCAGUGCUUCGGCCAGCAGUUCAUUGGUGAGGUCCUAGAGAAGACUGAAGAGAGACUUGUUUAUGGAGUAGAGUACAACAGCACCCUUCUGGAGUGCACCCCUCGGACCUUACAAGCAAAAGUAGUCUGGUUUGUCCAGCGAGCACAUGAUACUAAGAAGGAAGAGGUGAAGACAGAUGACAGAGUAAUCAAAAUGGACCUUGGACUCUUAUUCCUGAAGCUGCAUCGGCUGGAUGCAGGGACCUAUUUUUGUCAGACAGUGGAGCACAGCAUUGUUCAUACUGUCAGGAAAAUUACCCUGGAAAUAGUCGAGGAAGAACGUGUAGAUGAAAUGUUCAAUAAAGACUAUGAGGAAGAGAUAUCUCACAAAAUGCCAUGUCCAAUGCAGAGCAGCAUACCUCAGGCAUCAAAGCCAUGGUACAAGGAAUUUCUCCAACUAAUAGGUUACAGCAACUUCCAGAGGGUGGAAGAAUACUGUGAAAAAGUGUGGUGUACAGAUAAGAAGAGAAAAAAGCUGAAAAUGUCUCCAUCAAAGUGGAAAUAUGCUAACCCUCAAGAGAAGAAGGCAAGGAUCAAGCCAGAGCAUUACCGGCUGCCCAGGAACAUAGCUGACUCUUGAUGGACAAAAUCCAUCCACUGUUUGUGGGUAAAAUUUUACUUGGACUUGAGUGAAAGGGAGGAAUCAGUCUUGGUCUUGGUAAAUGACACAGGUUUAUAUAUAUAUAAAAUAUAGGGACUGAAAAAAAAAAGCUAUGGUAAGUUAUACUGUAUACACAUGAUGACUGUUUAGGAGCAUUUUAAAAAAAAUCUUCUUUAUCUAACUUUAAGUAGGUCAAUGCAAUCAAAGUUUUGCAUUAGAGAGAACAUGACAAUCUUCAGAAUUUGAGUGCUUGAAUCAAUUUCCUGUGUGGACUAUGCUUGCGCUGUAUAUUGUUGCACAUCACAGCAUAUUUAACAAAUUCAAAUAGAUAACCGUUCACAAGUGGAUAAAACACAUCUCUCUAUUUCACAAGUUCCUCAUGCUUCUGAAAAUGGCACAUCUUCAGAUCUAUCCUUUUGAUUGUGACCUGUCUGUAUGUAUCACUGAAAACAAUGAGUUGUAUUAAUACAGUGUACUGCUAUUUGUAAAGAUAAUUACGGGAAAUCCUAUUUACUUCCCAAUUUGUUUUGUCUUAUCAGCCAUUUAUGAAGCACACACAGAUAAAUGCCUGGUAACUUGAUGUAAGUCAAAUGCAUGCUGAGAACACAAACAAAAUGAAAUUCUUCAAUUUAUCUGUAUUAAAAAGUGGUAUCAUGGUUUAGAUAGAAAAAGAGUCUAUCUUGUCUGUAGUGAUGGGCACUGCCUUAGUACUGACAGGAAUAAAGGGAGUGCCCUCUUGUGGCAAAACAAAGCAAAAUCCCACAUCUAUUUUCUGAAGAAAUGUGUAAAGCAAAUUAUUACACGGAUCUACAGCUGAUUUGUUUUCAGCACACACUUUUACUCUCCAUGUACUAAAGGUAAAGAUUUAGAAGUCCAUGUUGGAAGUAAUUUAUGUGGAAAGCAUUUAAAGUAAGUAAAGCUUUUUGUUGUUAAUGUGCUUUCGAGGUUAAAUGCAAUCACAGAAAGUUAGGAUGUAGAUUAAAAACAAGAACAGUAUUAUGCAGCUUUGUUUCUGUGCAGUUUCAGAGUCUGCUCCAGGUAAGUAUUUUCUGAUCUAUGAUCUCUGUUAAAAGGGAUGCUGCUCUUGUGAGUGAUACCAGAAGAAGUGAUCAAUGAACACAAUCUAGGUCUUUCAAGACUUAAAAAAGAGGAAAAAAUAUCUUUAAGUAAAAUAAAUAUAAAUAAUGCAGAUGCAGGAAAUGCAGGAAAAAAUAUAUUUCAUGACUCGAAAAAUCUCAUAUUGCAAUACUAAUUGGAUUUUUUAAAUUGUAAACUUAAAGUAGAUGGAGAAGUUAUCAACACAAAUGAGUCACAAAUGAGUCAAUUCCUCAACUGAUAAUAUGAUUCCAACAGGGGAAAUAGCCAAGCUGAUACAGAGCAACAAAAUAUACAAGAGAUGCACUAGGCACAAAGAGUUUCAUAUUGAGCUUCAUAUUGAGCUUCAACUUCUAUCAGGAAACAGAAUUUGACUUAGUGGAAGUUAACAGUCUGGAUAGUAGAGAUUUCCUUGCUUUGCUGUGUUAACAAACACAGCAAUUAGUGCUAAUCCAGUGUUUCCCAAACACUGUGUGUGAGAGGCUCUCACAGUUGCUGGCAUGACCAGCAACUGUUACUGUACUCCACUGGGAACAGGUUUUGUUCUGGAGUCUGAAAGAAGCCCUUGGGCACACUCCCGACAACCCAAGUGUGAGGGACAAUGAGUUUCACUUUCUGUCAGUAUAGCAACAGGUAAAUCUUUCUGUCAGCAAGUUGUGUUAAGGAAAACAAUUUAUCUGAGGGUUUGCGCUGUGUUUAUGUAGAAUGGCUAAGAGAGGGGACCAUACACUGUGUGCAGCCAUGCAUGACAUAGUGCAGCCAUUAACUUUGAUCUAAUACAGGAGACUAGGUUUAUCCAGGUUUCUGCAACAGUUUAAUGCAAUUUAGUUGCAUCUAGGAGCCUCUGUUUACAGAUCUAUGGAAGGAACUGCACUGAAGGCUGUGGCAGAGAACAUAUACAAAUCAAACAUCCCGGAUUUAUUCUCGAUCCCCUACACUACUGUUGCUGGCAUCCUUGAUGGAAAACUGUUAAAACACCACACUGAAAACCUUUUCUAAUAAGUUAUGGAGUCCACUUCCUUCCAACAGUAGUGGGAGUUGUAUUUUACUUUUUCUGAUUCAUUUGCCGGUAUCUUGUGCCAAAUAUACAAUUAAUGGACUAUUAGAAAGAAAUAACAAGAUCUCAGAUGGAUGAAACAAAUGUAAUUUUGUGUCUCAUUCUCUUAGAUUUCAAGUGGAAAUCAUGUGAUAUGCAAAUCAAGAUUCCUGAUUUAACAUGAGAGUGUGUAAUUUUUAGCUCCCCAUCCCUUUAGUGGUCACAUGUGGAGAAUUACAUUACGUUUCUAUUUAACUUUUAAAAUGUAAAUUUCUAAUUCACAUCUUGCUACUUUUAUGGUUGCAAAGCUUGUGAGAAUUCGAGGUCUCGUCGAAAGAGUGCUAUGACAUCUAUGGAAGAUGAGAAAAAGUGAAAAUGUUUUUUGGAAAUGUAUGCACAAAUGUGCUACUACACAGACAAUGUUGUUUAAAAUGCUUCUUUGUAUAUUUGGGGGGCAUUGUCUGAAUCUUUUCAUUAUGAAUUUGAUGUAUUUUGUAUGUGCAUGAAGUGGUCCAAUUAUAAAUAUAAUUAAGAACCAUAUUUGGCUGAAAUACUUUGUACUAUUUCUCAUAAGAUUUUUUCACCACAUAAUAUGACUGUGCAUAGUGAUUGUUCAUAUGGUGUUAGCAACAGGUGUCCUUCACCGUGCAUUUUAUGAGCAGAGAUCUCAGAUCAGGAUAGAGGGGUGUUAAUAUACAGUUGCCAAGUGGGAAACUGUGACACAGAGUAAUAAGUAAAUUAAGUCUGUUAAUGUCAGGUAGAUUUGGAAAUGCUGUGAUUAGAACAUCAUCUGCUAUGUUAAUGUAUUUUGAGAGUGGAACAUGGUCAAAUAAAGUCAGAAGAUUCUAAUUGAUGGAAAUUAACUGAAACACAACAACUUGGAUAAAGCUUUGAACUCUGCCCUGCUUCUUGACAAGGGACAAGACAGAUCACUUGGACUAAACACUUACUUUGAUCUUG